CAAGGAAUCCUACGUGGCAAAGCGCGAGCCAGUGGCUCCCAAUCCAUCCCGCGAGGCGGGCCCCCACCCAUGGCGACCGCCGCCGCUGCCGUCCCCGCCGGCGGCCACCAGCACCGCCUCGGCCUGCGCCCGCGCCCCAGCCCCAGCCCGCUUCGCCUUCACCGCCUGCGCCUCCCCGCCUCUGCCGCUUCCACUUCCUCCUCAGCCCCGUCCACCUCCUCGUCGUCGUCAUGGACCCCGGCGGAGGGGGGAGGGCGGCUGGUGGCGGAGCUGGUGGGCACGUUCAACGAGCUGACGGGGCGGAUGGGGGAGGGGCUGGCGACCACCUCCUCGUCGCGCCUCCUCUUCCGCGCGCUCAAGCUGGCCCUCCCCGCCCUCCGCGGCGGCGGCGAUGGCGAUGGCGGCCGGGCCCUCUCGCGAGCCCUCGCCGUGGCCGCGACCCUCGCCGACCUCCAGAUGGACGCGGAAGUUAUUUCAGCCGGCAUACUGAGGAAAGCGCUUGAUGCGGGAGCUAUAAACAUGAGUGAUGUAAAAGAGCAAAUUGGGACUGGCAUAGCUGACUUACUGCACGAGAGCUUAAGGCUUAAGCUUGCUCCUUCGAAGGUUGACAUCUUGAACGAUGAAAGUGUGAGCGCGUUGAGAAAGUUCUUUCUUUCGUACUACGACAUCCGUGCGGUAAUCUUGGAGCUUGCUCUGAAGCUCGACACGAUGCGACACCUUGAGUACCUCCCCAAGCAUCUUCAGAGGAUAAAAUCUCUUGAAGUAAUGAAGAUAUAUGCCCCACUUGCCCAUGCUGUUGGGGCGGGCGAUCUAUCACUGGAGUUAGAGGAUCUUUCAUUUCGGUACUUGUUUCCUCAUUCAUAUGACCAUGUCGAUCAAUGGUUGAGGAACCGAGAAGCCGAGUGCAAGUUCUUGAUAAAAGCCUACAAGGAGCAGUUGAUUCAGGCACUGAAAUCUGAUGACGAGCUGAACAAGAUUGUGCAGGACAUAUCAGUCGAAGGGCGGUACAAAAGCCGUUUCAGUACUAUGAAGAAGUUAGUAAAAGAUGGUCGGAAACCAGAAGAAGUAAAUGACAUACUUGGUUUACGGGUAAUCUUGGACCCUCGAUGUGAUGUUGGAUCAUGCGACUGGGGCCCCAGGGCCUGUUACAGGACACAUGAAAUCAUUCGAACUCUUUGGAAGGAAGUACCAGGUAGGACAAAGGACUAUGUCACACGGCCAAAAAGAAAUGGCUAUCAAAGCCUGCAUGUGGCAAUCGAUGUAAGUGAACCUGGAAAGACAAGGCCACUAAUGGAGAUACAAAUACGCACCAAGGAGAUGCACAUAAUUGCCAUUGGUGGAGAAGCGUCUCACUCUCUCUACAAGGGUGGUCUUACUGAUCCUGGAGAGGCUAAAAGGCUCAAGGCUAUUAUGUUGGCCGCGGCAGAGUUGGCAGCUCUGCGCCUUCGAGACCUCCCAGCUAGUGAUUCUCAGGGCGGUGAAUGCAAGAACCAGGCUUUCUGCCUGCUAGAUAAAAAUGGGGAUGGGAGGAUCAGCAUAGAGGAGCUCACAGAGGUGAUGGAAGAUCUUGGUGCCGGGGACAAGGAUGCUAUGGAGCUAAUGCAUCUCCUUGAUGCAAACAGUGACGGAUCCCUGAGCUUCGACGAAUUUGAGUCAUUCCAGAGACAGGUUGAGUUGAUGAGAAGCUUGGAGGACAGGGAUGACCACUACACAAAGAUACUAAAGGAUAAGCUGCAAAUGAUCGACAGCGCAGGUCUCAUUCACUUUUACCGCAAGGAGCUCGGCGACAAACUGCUAGUGAUCUGAAGUGGAUUUUUUUUUGAAGGAAUUGAACCAAUUGAAACCAACCAAAUCACCAACUUGUUGCAGUUUGAUGUUGGUGCAUACUGCAUUGAGAUGUGAUCACAUCAUUUUAUUGUACAUACUUGCUGAUUGUAUGUAAAGUUAUAGAGCAAAGUCUUGAAAAGUUGAGGUUGUUCUCCACACUGUACCAGAAGCUAGCUGUGUUGUACAUACUUGCCAAUUACAAGUAUUAAUAUGGAUAUGCUUCGGUACUACUUACUA